AUGACUUCAACCCAACAGCGCAGUUCAAAUGGAGCAUAUGUUAAUAAAAAUAGAAUUGAUCCAAAGAUCAAUUUUGCAUUAAAUAUAUCUGAUAUUGUUAGUAUUGGCUGUUGUGAUAUUACAAGUAAAGAAGAUUUUACUUAUGAAAUAACAACACUUGUAUUGUUGAAAGCAUCAAAAAAAAGAACCACAAUCAAUACUGAUAGUGAAGUACCAGCCAAAGUUAUUAAAAUUGUUGAUGAUAAAAAUGAAAAUAUUAAAGCUAAAAAAUCAACAGCAGAUUUAUUACCUCAUUUAAUAAAUUCUACAAAUGACAAUCAAGAACUUGAAGAAAAUAAAAAUAAAAAAAAAGAAUUUCCAAAUCAAAUUACCAUAAAAUCAACAGCAAACAAUACAGCUGAUCCAUCGAGUCAAAAUAAUAAUACUUCCUGUUCAACAUACAAAAGUGAAAUUCUAAAUAAAAGUCAAAUAAAAGAAGAAGUUAAUGAACAACAUAUUAACGAUUUAAAUGAAUUAAUCAAUGAUGAUAUAUUAGAUGACAUAAGUGAAGUAUUAAAUAACGAUCUAUUUAAAGAUUUAGAUGAAGAAAUUGAUCAAGCAACUAAAUCAAUGAUUAUUGAAGAGGAGAAAAAAUCAACAGAUGAAAAAGAAAACAAUAAAUCAAGUGACAAAUCAGCUAAAAAACUUGAUGAUAAAAAGACAAAAAUAUCGAAUCAAGUUCAUUUAUCUAGUAUUGGAAAAAAUAAAAAUUUAUCAAAACAAAAUAACACAUCUUUCAGUUCAAUAAAAAAUACCAGUAUAGACAAGGCAUCAUCAUCAGUCAGCAAGUCUAAAAAUGUCAAAAAAAUUCAACAAAUUGAAGCACCAUUUUGUCCAAAAAGUGGACGACAAAGUGUCUCUUUAUCAGUUACAGCUUAUAAUAAUACAUCAAUAAAAACAAGGUUACAAAGACGUUCAACUAACAAAAAAAAAGGUUCAAUUAAAAAUCCUCAAGCAAUUAUAACUGGUAUGCCAAGUGGUAAAGCAAAAUCUUCACCAUUAACAGAAGAACAACAACAAGAAAGAUUGAAGAAGCUAAAAAAAAUUAAAUAA